AUGAAAGUGACCGAAGUCGGACCGUUGUACAAAAUCUCAAAAAUUGAUGCGGCAAUCUGGGUGAUCACGGCCAUUUGCGUACUCGGCUAUGAUAUAGUUGAAGGUCUCGUUGCUGGCGUCGUCCUCGCCGUCCUCAGUGUCAUUGCCCGGACUCAAUGGCCUCCAAUGAAUGAAAUGGGUCGUCUUCCGUGUGGGGAUUUUCGUGUGGCCAAUCGUUUCUCAGCCGCUAUUCCGCCAAUUGUUCCCGUUAUCAGG